GAUGAUGCUGUCUUUAUGGUGUUUUGUUCAAAUGGGAAACCUUGUAAAAUAUAUUUAUUCAAACAAUAUUUUAUCUGUCAGCUUCCUGACGAACGAAGGCUAGAUUUGCUCAAAGCCCUUGCAGAAGUUUCACCUUACACAACUCCACAAGAUUCACGUCAGAUUCUUCCUUCUGUUGUUCAGCUGUUAAAGAAAAACAUGCCUCGGAGAAAGACUGGAGAGGAGUUUAACUUCACUUAUGUAGAAUGCUUGUUGUACACAUUUCACCAUCUUUCUCACAAGGUUCCAAAUGCUACUAACAGUCUAUGCGGUUACAAGAUAGUGACUGGACAACCAUCUGAUAGGCUUGGGGAGGACUUUUCAGAGCAGUAUAAGGAAUUUACUGAGAGGUGGUUUUUUUUCUUCUCCAUCUAUCUUUUAUUGCUUAUUAUUAUAGUUUAUAUGAUUUCUUUGUCAUUUCGCAUCCAAUAUAAUUGGGCCCUAGCUCAG